AUGCCGCAAGAUCUGACCCUGGUUCCCAAUGUUUCUAUCCAGGAGGUCGAUUUAGAAGCUGCUCUUAGAGAUGGCGGAGAAACAUCGAGGCUUCAAACCACUGCUCUCAUUCUCAAGAAUCAUAAUCUCAGAUACUACUUCAAAACAGGCCUCAUCCUCGUUGUAUUCUCGGUGCAGAAAGGAGCUGGGUCAAAUGCGCUCACGGGAAGCCUGCUCGUUUGGCUGUUAGCGUUAGUGGCGGUGUUCUGCUCCCGAAUUGAUCAGCUCAAACGGAUUGAAGCUAAAGAAGCAGCUCUUCAUCGUUGGGCAACCAGACGGAUAGCGCUUGUUCAGCCCGAGUUCAUCCACAUAACGUCUGUGAUAUUCCCAUUUAUGAAGUUCGGGCUGGUCACCCUCAUAUCCUUCAUCGAAAGCCGACUGCAUGUUGCUCUCCAACACUCGAAGACUACCAACGCCACCGAGGUAGUCCUCACUGCCAUCUUCAUGAUAAUCCUGCAUGUCCUGUACAGCUGUGCCUUCAUGUUCCUCCUCGUCGUCAACCUUAUUCUCCUGGCGAACAUUGCCCGAGUCCGCGUCCCCAAGCUCCGCGACGUGUUAUUCUAUGUGGAUAACAUCGUGGUGAUUGCUCUUGGGCUGGUCCUGUUUCUCUGCAUGCCGUUGCAGCUCGGCCCAAUCAAAGCCAGACGGGCCCUGGCUUUAUGA